AUGGACACUUCAUCCAAAGAAAACAUCCAGUUAUUCUGCAAGAAAUCAGGACAACCUGUUGGAAGUCUUUCUUUUGAGACAGAAUAUUCCUCCUCUAAAGAAAAACAAGCAUGCUGUGGUGAGCUAAAGAUGUUCCUGGGAGCCUUGUCUUUUGUUUACUUUGCAAAAGCAUUGGCAGAAGGCUAUCUGAAGAGCACCAUCACUCAGAUUGAGAGGAGGUUUGAUAUCCCCUCUUCACUGGUGGGAGUGAUUGAUGGUAGUUUUGAAAUCGGGAAUCUCUUAGUUAUAAUGUUUGUUAGCUACUUUGGAGCUAAACUUCACAGGCCAAAAAUAAUUGGAAUAGGGUGCCUAAUCAUGGGAAUUGGAACACUGCUCAUUGCGAUGCCUCAGUUCUUCAUGGAGCAGUAUAGAUACGAACGGUAUUCAUCUUCAUUCAGUUCCAAUCUCAGCCUCUCUCCUUGUCUCCGGGAAUCAAAAAGCCAACUGCCAAUCUCCGCUAUGGAAAAAUCCCAGCCCCAAAUAGACAAUGAAUGUGAAGGUGAUGCCAGUUCCUCCAUGUGGGUUUAUGUUUUCCUCGGAAAUCUGCUGCGUGGCUUGGGAGAGACUCCCAUUCAACCUCUGGGCAUUGCCUACCUGGAUGACUUUGCAAGUGAGGACAACGCACCUUUCUAUAUCGGGUGUGUGCAGACUAUUGCAAUUAUAGGACCAAUCUUUGGCUUCCUGUUGGGCUCCUUAUGUGCCAAACUCUAUGUUGACAUUGGCUUUGUAAACCUAGAUCACGUGACCAUCACCCCAAAGGAUCCCCAGUGGGUAGGUGCGUGGUGGCUUGGCUAUCUGAUUGCAGGGAUCAUAAGUCUUCUUGCAGCUGUGCCUUUCUGGUGUUUACCAAAGAGUCCACCAGGACCCCGAAGUAGAGAGGAGUCGAGUUCCUGCUGUGAGAAAUCUAGGUUCAUUGUAGAUGAUCAGGCCAACUACCAAGCAGCUCACGGAGAAAGGGCAAAAAUGCUGGAAAUGGCAAGAGAUUUUCUGCCAUCCCUGAAGAGUCUCUUGGGGAACCCCGUGUAUUUCUUAUAUUUGUGUGCAAGCACCGUUCAGUUUAACUCUUUAUUUGGCAUGGUGACCUACAAACCCAAGUACAUCGAGCAGCAGUACGGGCAGUCAUCCUCCAGAGCCAACUUUGUUAUCGGGCUUAUCAACAUACCUGCAGUGGCCCUUGGAAUAUUCUCUGGGGGAAUAGCUAUGAAAAAAUUCAAAAUAAGUGUAUGUGGAGCUGCAAAACUCUACCUGGGAUCCGCAGUCUUUGGUUAUCUGCUGUUCCUUUCCUUGUUUGCACUUGGCUGUGAAAAUUUUGAUGUGGCAGGACUGACAGUUUCCUACCAAGGAACCAAACCUGUCUCUUAUCAUGAACGAGCUCUCUUUUCAGAUUGCAACUCGAGAUGUAAAUGUUCAGAGACAAAAUGGGAACCCAUUUGUGGCGAGAAUGGGAUCACAUACGCAUCAGCUUGUCUUGCUGGCUGCCAAGCCUCCAACAGCAGUGGAAAUAAUAUUAUGUUUUAUAAUUGUACCUGUAUGGAAAUUGCAGCUCCUGAAUCGGCAGGUUCCUCAGGCAUGAUGGGAAGAUGUCAGAAAGAUAAUGGAUGUCCCAGAAUGUUUCUAUAUUUUCUUGUAAUUUCCGUGAUCACAUCCUAUACUUUAUCACUGGGAGGCAUACCUGGAUACAUAUUACUCCUGAGGUGCGUCAAGCCACAACUGAAGUCUUUUGCCCUGGGUGUCUACACCUUAGCAGUGAGAGUUCUUGCAGGAAUCCCAGCUCCAGUAUAUUUCGGAGUUUUGAUCGACACUUCAUGCCUCAAAUGGGGAUUUAAAAGAUGUGGAACUAGAGGAUCCUGCAGAUUAUAUGAUUCAAAUUAUUUCAGAUACAUCUAUCUGGGAGUAACCAUGAUCCUGGGCACAGUGUCCGUUGUGCUAAGCAUGGCAGUGCUUUUCGUUUUAAAGAGAAAAGAUGCUUCGAAACCUGGGAACUUUGUAAUGCCAAGUGAAACAACAGUGGUCUCUACAAGAUUUAGGAAGGAAAACUGUUUUCGCCGUGACCACCUACUUGAACCCAGCUACUGGCCAGGCAAGGAAACACAACUUUAAGAAAACGAUGGGCAGAAGCUAUGUUUUCUAACUUGUAGAAGUUUUGCAAAUGUAUUUUGAUCCAAAAGAUUUUAAAAUGUGUAAAAUCUUCUUUCAGAAACGUCUGCUUUCUUUUUGAUUUGAAACAUUAAGUAAUAUGCUUGAUAGCAAUAUAAUUAAAUAGAGCCAGAGGAGAUGAUAAAACUGAUUUUUAAACCUUUGAAAUUUAUAUACAGAUUCCUUAGUAUUCAUACAUUCUGCUUCAGUUCACCUAAUGUGCACUGAUAUAUUUGCUCUAUUCUUGAUGGAAGAAUUGGUUCUGUUGUCUGAUGUAUACAAAGCAACUUAACAGUUAUCUGUCUAGAAUAAGAGAAUAUGA